AUGGCGUCGACGUUGAAGGAGCAAGUCAACGGUACUGAUUUGCCGACCUGGAGAAAACUUGCUCUUCAGCAUCGCAAAGAUCAGCUGGCUACAAUACCACUCGAAUGGCAGUUGGAAACGACUUCAAUCCCUAGUUCAAUCGAUCAGAAAUCGGCUGUACCCAUCAUAGAGGCUCAUUUAUCCGCUGAAGAACUCCAGAUUACGUCUCUUUCGACGGCCCUCCUAAACAUACAGUCGUGGAUCAGAGACAGGAAAUAUACAGCGGUACAAAUAACGUCCGCAUGUUGUCACCGCGCUGCUCUUCUCCAGCAGACUACCGGAUGUCUAACCGAGAUUCUUUUCUCCUCAGCCAUACAAACAGCCAAAGCUCAAGAUGAACACCUCAACACUACUGGUCACCUUCUCGGUCCACUCCACGGUAUUCCUAUAUCCAUCAAAGACAAUCAAGAUAUCGUUGGCAUUGAUUCGACCUUGGGCUGGGUUGGUCUGGUCGGUCGACCAGCCAAGGCAUCGGCUCCUCUUGUCGAGAACCUCUUACAAGCCGGCGCAAUCUUGUAUUGUAAGACAAAUAUUCCACAAUCUUUAAUGAUGAGUGAUAGCUACAACCAUUUGUACGGCCAAUCUGUGAACAGUCUCAAUCGCAAUCUGAUUUCAGGAGGUAGCUCAGGUGGCGAAGGUGCUCUCGUCGCUGGUGGUGGGUCAGUUACAGGUAUCGGUACCGAUAUUGGAGGUAGCGUUCGUAUCCCAGCAACUCUUCAAGGUCUCUAUGGCCUCUCGCCAUCAAUUGGUCGUGUCGGCAAUCGUGAAAGCACACGCAGAGAUAAAUAUGUCGUUCCACCUGUGAGUGGUCCACUGACUCGCGACAUCGAAAGUCUCGACGUUUUCAUGUCUUCCUACCACUCCACGCGGCCCUGGCUCGAUGACCCUGCUAUUCUUCCUAUCCCGUGGCGUCAGGAUAUCGUAGACAGCUAUGCCAGUCUGCAAAUUGCUACAUCAUCACAAUCGAGAACAACGAAACGGCUGAAGAUUGCCUACAUCACUAAUGACUCCGUCAUCCGUCCUCAACCACCUGUCGUCCGAGCUGUCGAACAUACCAUUUCGAACUUCCGCCAAGCUGGCCACGAAUGCAUAUCCUGGAACGAUAUCGCCUCCAAGCACCACGCCACAGCAUACUCUCUCUGGCUCCGGGCAGUCCUCGCAGAUGGAGGAGAACGCUUCGCUGCUCUAUGUCAACAAUGUCCCGGUGGUGGCGAGCCCCUAAUACCUGGCAUGCUUGUCGGCAAACCAUCAGACACCCUCGAUAAUGCAGGUCGUCAAGCACUGUACGAUGAGAUCUGGUCCUUUCAACGCACGUACAUGAAACUUUGGCGCGACCAAGGUAUUGACGCGCUUGUCAUGCCUGUCACGCAAUGGGUCGGACUGAGGCCGAAAAUGUGGGUUGAAGCAGACAUGUACGUUGGCUACACGAGUAUUUGGAACUUGAUGAACUGGACAAGUUUAGUGAUACCGAGUAUCAAGGUAGAUAGGAAGCUGGACGUCCUAGGUGAUGAGUGGAAGGCAUACCAGGGCGUGAGCAAGAGUGAUGAGUAUAAUCACAAGCAUUAUGAGAUCUUGCUGAAUGAUGGAGAAUUGGACGAUAUGCCAGUGGGUGUGCAGAUUGUGACGGGAAGACUUGAAGAGGAGAAGGCGGUGGGAAUUGCGAAAAUGCUCGCGAAUGUAUCGUAG